CCAGCAGUAUUCAAUAAAAUAAAAAUGUAUAAAUUUUUUUUAAUAUCGGUAAUUUUAACAGCAAGCCUGUCUUUGUCUUUUUCAACAAAUAAUUCUAAUUGUGAAGAAAAAAAAGAUUUAUACGAUUUAACAUUGAAGAAAAAUGAUCCAGAUGUGGUUAAAUUCGCGGAAGAUGGCUGGGAAAAAUUAGUCGCUAAAGGAAGAACCAGAGGAGCGACGAAUAGAGGCAGUUUUUCUGUCGAGUGUGCAAGAGUCCAAAUUAUAGAGAUUGAAAGAAGAUACACUAUACUUGUUAUAUAUGUCAUCGAUGGGCCCGGAAAAAUGUUAUUUUGUGUAAUAUUUGUUAUGACAACUCAAACGGAGCCUUUAAGUAUAAGUUGUUACCUAGAACGUUUCACAGACAUUUACGAUCCAGCAGAACGCGAGCAACGUAAUAUGUACAGCCUCUUCUACAACAACAAGCUAUUUUGUCCUCAAGACUAA